UACGGUAAUAUAUGGUGCCUCGCCCAGCUGUAGGCUACUUUAGGGGGUGUAGUGAGGGUGUGUAGGCCUACUGCACUUUAUGAAUAAUGAAAAAGUGACGUAAACAAUGCGGCUCUCUUUGCGGCUCCAGGCUCGAGGCGGGCGCACGGAGGCGUGAUGCGGCCGUGACGUGGUUUGAGUCGGGGAUCUUUAAUCCUCUGCCGCAGCAGCCCAGCCGGUCACCGGAGGAGGGGGGCAGCAAGGUUCGGACAGGAAUGGGCCGCGCCGGCUAGGAUACGCGUAACCAGGCCGAAACAGCUCGGUGUUUAGGUAGAUAGUGAGACCGCCGAGACGAGGAGAGAUUACGACGAGAACCAGGCGAGUAUUUCUGCCUAGGCCUGACCCCCUCCACCUCCAGCCAAUUCACUCAUAUUUCCCCCGCUGAAAGGACCACACGCAGACACACGGGCGGUCGAAUGUACACAUUAUUUAAAACGCUUUUAUGCUGAAUUAAAACGUCGAAUUUGGUAUUCGUAGAAUUAGCCGCCGCACGGAUACGGCGCCUCGCCCUGCCAGUUUCCCCGAGAGUAAUUUAUUCCUCGGUUCGCCCUUCACGAGCGUCGCUGCGUCCCUCUUUUCCUGUCAGCUACUGCGCAUCAGCACAACAUGCAGGAUGAGCCUGUGGGGGUGACAGCCGCGCAGUUACCCCCAUCAGCCGAGGAGGAGGACCGCAGCAGCGGCUCGGUCAGCAAAUCCGCGAAGCAAGCCAUCCAGACCGAGAGCCAGCUGAGCUCCUUCACGUCGGAUUACAGCCACCUAACCCAGAAGAUCGCUUUCCCCGAGCAUUUCUCCCACACGCAGUCCCUCUGUGACCUUCAGCGAAGCAUACAUCAGCAGUUAGAGUUCACCCCGGCCGAGCAGUCCCCCCCGCCCCAGGGGCGCUUCAGUCACCUGCAGCCCUUCUCCAGCGCCGCUGACCCCCGCGACUCUGCUGUGGAGGCGGCCGAAGCCGAUGCUGCGACGCCAUCGCCUCCCUCUGUAAAUCUGAACGAGAUCCAAAUGGACUCCCCCAUCGCCCACCACUUGAAUAACGGCAAUGGCAGCAGCAGCAGCACCGGCAAUAUGCUGUCCGGGGGUCUCAGCGCCGCUUUCCCCAACCUGCCCUCCUCCCAGGAGAUCCAGAGCGGCCCGUCCUCGCCCUCCCUCCCCGGUUUCGGCACCCCUUGGUCCGUGCAGACCAGCUCCUCGCCCCCACCGGCGGCCAACUCCAUCAACCCCAUGCACGCGAACGCCAUCAGCCAGAUGCCCAGCACGGACUCCGAGAACAGCUUCUACCCGGGCAUCCCGUCCUCCAUCAACCCGGCCUUCUUCCAGAGCUUUUCGCCGGUGUCGGCUAAUCCGUGCGCCGGGAUUAACGUGCAGGGCUUCGGCGGUCCGUUCUCGCCUCAGAUGAACGUUCCUCAGCAGCCGCAGAGCCGCAGGUCCCCGGUCAGUCCCCAGAUGCACCCCCAGCAGGGGGCCUUCCUGCAGCAGAGGAACAAUUACAACCAACACCAGCCCAUGGUGAAAGCGUCCCCGUGGGGGAGCCACCAGGGGAACGGCUGGGGCGGCGGCGGUGGCGGGGGCAUGUCUUGGGGUCGGGACCACCGCAGAGGCAGCGGCAUGGGCGUGCCCGGCUCUGUCAGUCACGCCUCGCCCCUGAAGAAGCCCUUCUCCAGCAACGUCAUUGCUCCGCCCAAGUUCCCGCGCUCCGGAGGUUCCCUGGGGCCGAAGUCCUGGAUGGAGGAGAACAUGUUUCGCACAGACAGCAACAGCAACACCAUGUUACCCCUGCAGGACCGCUCCAGAAUGUACGACAGCCUGAACAUGCACUCCUUGGAGAGCUCCCUGAUCAACAUCAUGCGAGUGGAGCAGGACCCGAUAAAAGGCCGUGUGGGCUGCCCUAACCCCGGGGCCGACGGCCUUCUCAUGCUCAAUGCCAGAAGCUAUGGGAGACGUCGAGGCCGCUCCUCUCUCUUCCCGAUCGACGACAAUCUCCUCGACGAUGGCCACGGCAACCAGGGUGUCCCUGGAGUCCUCGGCUCCCCCAACUGCUACCCCCACCAAAACGGGGAGCGCAUCGAGCGCUUCUCUCGUAAGGUGUUUGUGGGGGGCUUGCCUCCUGACAUAGACGAAGAUGAAAUCACCUCAAGCUUCCGUCGCUUCGGUCACCUGGUGGUCGACUGGCCACACAAAGCUGAGAGCAAAUCCUACUUUCCACCUAAAGGAUACGCCUUCCUGCUGUUCCAGGAGGAGAGCUCGGUGCAGGCCCUGAUUGACGCGUGCAUGGAGGAGGAUGGGAAGCUCUACCUGUGUGUUUCCAGCCCCACCAUCAAGGACAAACCAGUGCAAAUCCGACCAUGGAACCUGAGCGACAGUGAUUUUGUGAUGGACGGAUCACAGCCUCUCGAUCCCCGUAAAACCAUCUUUGUGGGAGGCGUCCCUCGUCCCCUGAGAGCAAUUGAGCUGGCCAUGAUCAUGGACCGCCUCUACGGUGGAGUGUGCUACGCAGGAAUCGACACAGAUCCAGAGCUCAAGUACCCCAAGGGGGCGGGGCGGGUGGCCUUCUCCAAUCAGCAGAGUUACAUCGCUGCCAUCAGUGCAAGAUUCGUCCAGCUGCAACAUGGAGACAUCGAUAAGCGGGUGGAGGUGAAGCCCUACGUCCUGGACGACCAGCUGUGUGACGAGUGCCAGGGCGCUCGCUGCGGCGGGAAAUUCGCUCCCUUCUUCUGCGCUAACGUCACUUGUCUCCAGUACUACUGCGAGUUCUGCUGGGCCAACAUCCACUCCCGCGCAGGGCGAGAGUUUCACAAGCCCCUGGUGAAGGAGGGCGCCGACCGCCCGCGCCAGAUUCACUUCCGCUGGAACUAACAGGGGGCGGGGGGGCUCCACAUCCAGCGGUGACGGUCAGAGUUAAGGGAAAUACCGGCUAACGGGAAAAAGAGUCUGGCUCUGCCUCUCCUGCUAAACUAAGCUAUCAGUAUAAUCAAGUGUGCAACACUAUACAAUAUAUACUAUAUAUAGCUAUAUAUCUUUUGUAGCAGCCAAACACCGCAAGCCUCAGUUUUUCACCAAAACCCCCCUCACAUCUCAGGCUCUGACAACUCUACAACUCUUUUGUGGUACUUUCAUCUUUUUCUAAGAGGAGAUUUAAAA